AUGCUUGACUUCGAAGGUGUUCCCAUGUUUUAUACUCCUUACAGAUACAACUAUUCUUGGAAUUCUGACCAUAUUAAUGCGGAAAAUAACAAUUACAGACUAAAUUCAUUUAGUUUACUUGAUCAUGGUAUAACAGGUAGUAACCAAAUUGUAACAUUUCAAACAAUUGGCUCAGUAGAUUUAAAUCAUUCAUUUUUUACCAAUGGAACUUCACUUUCUGACGAUGAAUUCGGUGUACCAUUCAAUGAAACAAUUGAUAAUCAUAGAAAAAUUAAAAGAUACGACUUUUUAGGCGAAGAAAUUGAUUAUUCAAUUUCAUCUACAUUUGCUGCAGGUUUAAUUGCAGGAAAGCCAUAUAACUAUGCAGAUUCUGAUGACAAAAAUUACUCAGGAGUUGCGUUAGACUCAAAACUUCAUGUUAUUGAAAUGAAUCAGACAAUUUUUUACGAAUCUAGCGUUCUUGACUUAGGCACAACUCUAGACAUGAUGAAAAAAGUUGGUUCAUAUAUUUGUGCAAACAAUUUUGUAUUUAAUAACAAAUUUUGGUCAUAUUCUGAAGAUAUCAAUUAUUAUGCAUGGAAAAACAAAGACAUUUUAUACAUUUAUCCAUCAGGAGACACGGGUGAUGUCAUUCUCAGUCCUGGAGAUGCAUUAAAUGCUUUAACAGUCGGAUCUUGUCAAAAUAUAACUGGAAAUCCAUCAGAAACAUCUUCAAAAGGUCCUACUUUAUCUGCAUCAAAGAAACCUGAUGUUGUAGCACCAGGAGAAGGCAUUCUUUCCAGUUUAAGUCGAAUUCCAUUUUCAAAUUCGACAAUUGAUUCAUUAGUUACAUUAAAUGGGUCAAUAGCAAGUACAGCGCAGAUCGCAGGUAUCGCUGCAUUGGUCAGGCAGUACUUUGUCGAUGGAUUUUAUCCAACAUUAUCUGCUAAAGCGGAAAACUCGAUGAUUCCAUCGUCAGCGCUAAUAAAAUCGGUGAUUAUUAACUCUGCGCGGAAUACUUCUGCUUCUCCUUUGUACGAUCCAAAAAAUGGAUUUGGAAUUCCUUUUAUUUCUGAUGCUUGA